AUGUCAACAAAACUUUUACUCUGGAUAACAAUCACUUUGUAUGUUUUCAUUUGGCAAACAAUCGAAGCAAGUAAAACUAAGUCAAAUGAAAUUUGUUCCACAUCUCAAAUCAGUAGAAUCCGCUACUCUAUAGAAACCAUGGAGAAUAUAUUAAGUCAGUGUGAGGAUGCAACAUUUGCUGGUGCGUACGCUAAACGUGGUCCAGAACCAUUAUGGGUAGUAGAAACUAAAUGA